AAGCGCGUAUUGAUUUGCGCAGACGUUAACCAAUCUGACUCGGAGUUCAAUGAUUAACUUUGAAAACAGAAUUUUUAAUUUUUUUGUCUAAAGUUUUUUGCUAAAAUUAUUUUUUUUUCAAAAGAAAAUACGAUGAAUUCGAAUAUUCCAACGUUUAGUUCAAAGAAACAAUCAUCCAGCUCACGGAUACCGAAUAUAUCGUCAAUACCAAGACCAUCGAGGAUUCCGACAACAACAAAAAAACCAUCGAAUCAAAAUGUCAUGUAUAGCGGCAUCAAACGGCCACGACCAAACGAUCCACCCAUUUCACAUAUUCCAACAUCCUUAACUAAAUUUAAACGUUCAGCACCAUUAUCGUUGAUGAAAUCGAAAAUAAGUCAUCAUGAUAUGAUAGAGGAUUCGAAUGUCUCUGAUCUUAAAUUAGAUUUUUCAGGUACAUUUCGUUCACCAAUAUCGAUGAUCAGUCGCAAUUCAUCGGCAAUGUCUAUUGAUUCAAAAUUACUAAAUGUUCCGAAUACAAAUGCAAACAGCUCAAAAAUAUCAAGUAAUAGUUCAUUAAUCGAAGAACCAACGAUUAUUACACGAAACGUUGAAUCGAAAGCAACCAGUCCUAUGGUAGAUUGGAAAACAAUCACCAAAGAUACUGAAUUAAUCUCAUACAAAGUUCGUAUCAAUGUUCUAAAGAAUGAAGCUGAUGAAUUAGAACGUAAAAAUUCCAAGUUACGAAUCGAUAAUGAAGUGAAUGCAACUCGAUAUCAAAAUGAAAUCGAAGAAUACAAGAGUCGAACAAAAGACUUGCAGAACGAAAUUCGAACAUUGAAAGAGAAUGAAAAAAAAUUGAAAUAUGAAUUUGAUGAAUUUCAAAAACUUCAUCUUGAACAAUCCAAAUUGAUCGAUAAACAAAAUAUUGAACAUGAAAAAGUGAUUGCCAAAUUAAAAGAAGAGUUGUUUAAAGCCAAAUCCGAUGCAGAAACACAACGAUGUCAAUUAUCAAUGGAUACAUUGAAUUUCGAACAUCGUAUCAGCCUUCUUCAAUCCGAAAAUGAUCAACUGAGACAGGAAAAUGAAUUACAUCGUUCGAAUUCAUUAGAUUUUGAUUUAAAAAACAAAGAAAUUGAUACAUUAAAAACUGAAUUGAAUAAAGCAAAUUCAACAAUCGAACAAUUGCGAACAGAAUUGAAAUCUUUUGAAGAAGGCAAAAAAUUAGAAUCAAUUCUGCAAGGUGAAUUAAGCCAAUUACGUUGUGUAAAAGAUGAGAAUGUUCAACUUAAAAAUAAACUUGAUCUCUUAUCACGUGUACACGAAGAGAAUGUGAUGCUGAAUGAAAAAUUAUUCGGGCAUGAAACGAAGAUCGAAAUAUUACGACAACAAUUGAAUCAGAAAAAUAUCGACAUACAUUCUUUUCAAUCGAAUAAGGCCAAAUUAUUGAAAUGGACAGAGAUCGUUGGAAUUGAUUCGCCCGAAAUUGUUGUUGAUAAAAUAAAGACGCUCACUGAAAAUGUAACAAUAUUGAAUGUUGAAAAUGAUCUACUAAAAUCUAAUGUCAAAACAUUAGAGGAAAAAAUAUCGAACGAAAAUUUUCAUUCCAAAUCUAAUGAAUCAAAUUUAAAGAAUGCUGAAGCUAAGAUUGUCCAGAUUGAACAGAUUUUAGAACAUAGCAACAAAAAGUGUCUGUUCCUAUCCAAAGAGGUUGAUUAUUACAAAAAAAUGAGAGCACAAGAUUCUUCUAUCAAUAAAAAUGCCGAUAUAAAUAAUGGCCAAAAAAUCAAUGAAUUAGAAUCGAUUAUCGAACAAUAUAAAACGGCGGCCAACAAAUUUGAAUCAGAAUUAAAUGAAGCAAGAAACGAAUUAGAAACAAAACGAUCGAUGGGUAAAGAGAAUGAAGAAUUAAAAAAUGAAAUUCGAAGAAUCAAAGAAUUGAAUCCACAUAUUUGUACGAAUGUAUCAAUGUUAGAUUGUUCAACAUUACAAACGAAUGAGAAACAAUAUCGUGUGUUACAUUUGAUAGAAAAUCCCGUGUCAUGGGAAAUGAAAAAACGUAUCGAAGAAUUGGGAAAAUUAAGAGAAGAAAAUGAACGUUUAAAAUGUCUUGUAGAAAUUAUGGAACGUGGAGAACUAAAUAAUGCCGAUAUUACUAGACAGAUUGAUGAAGGAUUACAAUAUCGUUUUAAAGUGAAAAAACUGGAAGAAAAACUAGCAGAAUAUGAACAAAAAACAAUCAUAUUGAAUGAUAAAUUUAAGGAAAAAUGUUAUCGUUUUCGUCAAUGUUGCAUGGAAGUUACUGGAUAUCAAGUCGAUGAUUUGUAUCGAAAUAAAUAUCGUGUACGGCAUAAAUAUGCACUUAAAAAUGCAUUCUCAAUUGAAUUCGAUGGCAAAACGAUUCGAUUAAUCGAAGAUGAAACAACAGCAAAAUUUAACGAUAAAAUUGAAUUGUAUAUCAACGAACACAAAAGUUUGCCAGCAUUUUUUGCAAGCUAUACACUGGAAUUAUUGAAAGAACAGACAAUGUUUUAAUCAUCAUCAUAAUUAUUAUUUUUCAUUAAUUAUUAAUUUUUUUUUGAUUUGAAAAAAAUAAUGAUUCAUAUUUUUCAUUCAACGUUGGUCUUUUUCAUAAGACUUGACAAUAAAUGAUAUGUUGCAAAGUA